GCUUACCACUUCCUACAGAGGGAUGCUGCUAACAUCUUGCUAAGAACAAAGGCAGACAAGUAUUGGUGCUUGUAGCCGGAAAUAAAUCAAAUAAUUUCUUGAUGCAUGUUAGGGAAGGCCUUCCUACUGCAUGUAUUUUAUUUCUAUGUACUGUGGCACUUUUUUAAGAAUAUAAUUUAGGAGUGAUAACAGCACGAAUUAGUUUACGGAUGGUGCAUGCAUCAGGAUUUUUUAUUUGUAGUAGUAUUUAUUGUUUUAAACUGCAGGCAUUUUAACUAAUAAUUGCAUCUACAUUCCCUGUUGGGGGAGAUGAGAUGUCCAGUAACUGCUCUUAGCAGAACAGUUACUUAAAUGUAGCUCAGUUUAUUGUUUUUGACUCUAUAGUUGCGCUUUAUCCGUGUUGCCGGGGGUUAUCGAGCUGGUGGGUUUAAAAUACCCAUAGCAGCUAAGCCGUACUUCCGAGUUCUGACAGCAUUUGUAAUUUGUUUUUAUUUUGCGCUACAUUGUUUACUUGGAUGGGAGCAGUAGUGAUGGGUGCAGGAGCUCGAAACCAUUAAUGACCAUGCCCAGCGCCCAUGCCACUACUUUGCGGGCUCUCCAUAGCCCAUGAGCUUGCACCUGCUUCUGUGCGCGAGGUGGCUCUGCAGGUGGCUGGCGCUCAUCAUGUUAAGCCCUGACCGAUUGUCUGCGAAUUCCUUACUGCUAGGUGGGGGUCUGUCAACAGGAGAUGCUAUGACCGGCGUGUCGAGGUCACCUUCUCCGGGAAUUCCAUUUGGUAGUGGGACAACAGCUGAAACAAGGAUGGCCUUGGAACGGAUUCUUCCGGUGCUGCGCCUGGCAGUUCGCAACCUGGGAGGCACCGGUGAGGAAAUUCGCUCGGGCAUCCAGGAGGUUGGACGACUUGUGGCAGAAGCAUGGGCUAUGCGUAAGGUGGGCAGGGAAGUGGCACAGGCAUUGUGUGAUGCUAUUCGGCUAGAGGGUGCCUUGGACCAGAUGCUGAACCUGCUGCGGUCGCCAGAGCCUCACAUCAAGUACGAAACUGCUGAGCUAGUGGAGCAGAUUUUGGUGGCAGAUAACAGGGAUCGAGUUGCUCGCAUUGGCCUAGGCAUGAUCUUGAAUUUGGCCAAAGAACAAGAUGAUGUAAAACUGGCCACCAGUGUAUCAGGGAUCUUGGAGCAUAUGUUUAAGCACACAGAGGAAACAUGUCAUCAGCUCAUUUGCAAUGGAGGCUUGGACAGUAUCCUGUACUGGUGCCGCUGGACUGAUCAUACAAUUCUUUGUCACUGUGCUAGAGCUCUUGCCAACUGUGCCAUGUAUGGUGGACACGAUAAUCAACGACUUAUGAUCGAGAAGAAAGCAGCAGAGUGGCUUUUUCCUUUGGCUUUCUCUAAAGAUGAUGAACUUAUUAGGUUCCAUGCCUGCCUUGCCAUAACUGUCUUGGCCACAAACAAAGAGAUAGAGAAACAGGUGGAAAAGUCAGGGACACUAGCCUUGGUGGAGCCUUUCAUUGCAUCACUAGAUCCUGAAGAAUUUACUCAAAAAUUUCUACAGAGUUCAGACAAUGUACAGGGACAGAACACAGAUGACUUGCAGAGACUAAUACAAUUGUUGGACAGCUCCCGUUUGGAAACCCAGUGCAUUGCAGCCUUUUACCUGUGUGUAGAAGCAGGAAUCAAAGCCAAGCAAAGAAACAUGGGGGUGUUACACAGAAUCGGUGCCACACACAGCCUAAAGCGAAUAGUAAGCUACUCCAGCAACUGUACGACCUCAUCACUGGCCAAAAAGGCUCUUCGGAUUAUGGGGGAAGAAGUCCCCCGCAGAAUCUCACCCAAUGUUCCUAACUGGAAAGCCGGAGAGCUGCAGAUCUGGUUACAGCAAAUAGGGUUCAGUGGCUAUUGUGAGGUGUUUGAGGAACAGCAGGUUGAUGGGGAUCUUUUACUAAAACUAACAGAGGCAGAGCUAAAGGAAGAACUUCAAAUGAAGUCAAGUCUGACCAGGAAGAGGUUUCUUCGAGAACUUACUGAGCUGAAGGCAUAUGCCAGCUAUGCCACUUGUGACCCAAGUAAUCUUGCAGACUGGCUAGGCAGUAUUGAUCCAAGGUUCCGCCAAUAUACCUAUCCUCUAGUCAACUGUGGAAUCAGUCGCAGCAACCUGCCAAAUGUCACUGAGCAACAUUUAAAUGAUGACUGUGGGAUUGAAACUGGAUUUCAUCGAGUUCAAAUUCUGAAUGCUGCAAAAGAUCUUCUCCAGCCUGCCUUGCCUUGUGAUACUUCUGAACCCAGCCAAGAGGGGCCAGAUGUCUUCAUCAGCUAUAGGAGGCUCACAGGGUCUCAGCUGGCCAGCCUGCUAAAGGUCCAUCUCCAGCUUCAUGGGUACACUGUCUUCAUUGACGUAGAAAAGCUAGAAGCUGGAAAAUUUGAAGACAAGCUGAUUCAGAGUGUUAAAAGUGCAAGGAACUUCGUACUGGUCCUAUCAGAAAAUGCCCUUACCAACUGCAUGGGGGAUGAAGAGAUGAAAGACUGGGUACAUAAGGAAAUUGCACUGGCUUUAAGUACUGGGAAAAAUAUUGUUCCUGUUGCAGACAAAUUUCAGUGGCCUGAUCCAUGUAGCCUUCCUGAAGACAUGAGAGCUGUUCUCAAGUUCAAUGGUAUCAAGUGGUCUCAUGAGUACCAAGAAGCGACAAUUGAGAAGAUAAUUCGUUUCUUGAAGGGCCGCCCAUCCAGAGACCAGUCAGCAUUGGCAGAAGGCACUGCAGACUGAGUUUUGCCACAUCAUGGUACUAACUAGUGCAGAGAAUUGUCUUUAAAGGAAAAUUUUUUUUCAGUAAUAUUCCCCAUGUAUUCAUGAUAUUGUCUAUGUUUGCAGAUGCAACAGAUAAGUAUUUUAAAGAUGCAAACAAACAUCAGACUCACGGGGUGCUGUAACUCCUACAGAUGUAUAAUCUGCUAGUAUUACAGUCAAAGUUAGUUACUCAGGACAUGCAAUAUAAAGAUGCCUUGUUCAAUGUUAACAGCUUCUGCUGUUGGCACACUUCACAAUGACUGUUUACACAGAAACCCACAAGGUUGGAGUUGGGCUGAUGUUCAACUGAAGGAAUUUAUGUUCCUUUUUGUAUAUAGGUAAACAGGAUAACAAUUAAUAUUUGGCAACUAUUCUUCUAGAACUAAAGCAUAUAUGGCAAAAUAAUCAGCUACCCUCAGGAAACCAAACAAGGAACUUCACCAUGAAAAAUAUGAUACUCGUGGACUGUAAGACAUUAUAUUGGCAUCUUUAAACAUGCAAUAUUUUUAGCAUACUCCGAUGCUGACAGGAAAAAGAACCAUUUCAGAAAAAGAAGAGGAGGAAAGAAUCUUGAACUAAUGAGUUUUCAGAAGGCAAAACUGCAUAAUAGUUGCUAUAAAUGCAAGCUAAUUUCAGAUGAAUGCAAAGAUAGAUGUCAUUGGAUUACGGUUUUCAAUCUUCACUCUGACAAGGAAGAAAUGUGUAAAUGGUCUGUUUUGUAACUAGUACCAGACAUGGCUUACUCUGUCUUGGACCAUACAUGUGCAAAACAAAAGAUAUGCCAUAUGACUUCUUAAAUGUCUAGAAGAGCAUUUGUGGCUUGUGACCUCUAUGUUGUCUUUACUCCAAAUGGUGAUGCUAAAAAUGUUAAAAAAAUGCCUCUUUAUCCUAUGCUGCUCCUCGUCCUUUGCCUUAUGUGAAGAAACCCUGCCUUAAAUAAAAAGCAAUACUCUAGAGUAGUGCAUAAUGAACUUGCUGUAGAACAUGUUUAAAGAUGCACCAAAAGAAGGCAUUUCCUGCAUGACAGUGUAUGAACUUUGGUAUGACCCCCACCACCACUCCAUGGCAUUUUCCAAAUAAGUUACUAUAUUAUUUUCUGUUCUAGAACUUCUGUUGCCUUUUCAGUGUGUUUUAUUAUGAACAUACAGUGAUAUUUUAAUCCUUGUAAACAAUAGUUUUCAGUGCUGCUGCUUGUGAGUGUUACGUGUAAUGGAUGGUUUAAACUUGCAAACUCUAUACUGUUGAAAAUAUAAAUUGAAAGAAAAGACAGUAUAUUCUUCUUGUAAAUGUACAUUUCUCUUUUCUCUGAAGGGAGAGAUGACAUUUGCUUCAGUGUAUGUCUUCUUUAGUGAUUGAAGGGUUUUGUUUAAUUUACCUAAUGAGAGGGAGGAGCAAAAAAAUUUAAAUAUAAUAAUAUGAGAGCUGAUUGUUAAUAUAUUCUGAAAUCUAGAUGGGAGAGCAGUAAAAUGUCAUUUAAAUUUCACGCUAUGCAGAGCUGAUACUUAUUCUAAAACUCUGCUAUUUUAAAAACAGACACUCCAUAUAACUUGACACAUACCAUUUUAACAGCUAGAACAGUGCCAGCAGUUACAUAACUAACAUGACUGGAAUCUUCUAAGAUAACCAUCUUAUGAUCAUGAGAGUGAUGCUUAAUGGGACAUUUAUGCUGUUCUAGGAACACUGAAAGUGCUGCAAUUCAUUAUUGACCAAUAUCUUUGUUUUAUUCUAUGUAAUCUGUGGGCUAUGAGAGUUUUGUCUGAAUUAUUUUUUUUUUGACAAUUGCAUUCCUGUAGUGAUUGACCUGCAAUGGUUGUGUACUCAAUGCAGUAUAAUUGCACUUAUGAUGUAACUAC